UUCGGAUGUGGUACUUCCCGCCAUACAACUCUAUCCACUUCUAUCACUCGUUAGAGAAGAAAUUGCCGACUUUUUGUCUUUCAUCAAAACUUGAACUGUGCUCUUUAUCAUGCGUAAUUUUCAACCAUUUCUAUCUCAUAACCCUCAUAAUUCCUUGUUACAGCAUCAACCUUUGUGGGUGUCUACGUUUGGAUUUUAUACAUGUUGCCAAUGGAAGAAAAGGGGCAGUGGUACCAACAACAGCAUCCUUCCAAAUCGAGCUGUGGAUAGAGAUUCAGAGUUCGAAAUCGAUCCAGAUAAGGCCCGUGAAGCCCUCAGAAAGCUUGACCAACAACUUGAUCUUAUUUCUCAGAAACAGUCCAACCCUGUUCCCAAAAUUAAAGCUCCCAGCCCGUAUAAUACAAGAGAUGAUGAGAUGAAAGAUACGGGAUCAUUUCUUCCGUAUGCCGCUUUUGGACUUCUUAUCUUCACCAUAUUUUAUAAUAUACUGUUCACAGUGGUAAUAAAACCAUCUAUUGAUGGACCACAAGUAGAAGUAUCUCCUGCUGGAUCAUCAAUUAUGACACAAGUUUUGAAAGCUGAGUUACUGCAACUUUCACCAUCUCCAGACCAACCAUCAACUUCUACUUUGAUUAAUUCUGAUCAGUAAGUAACUCCAUCUCUCUUCUGGCAUUCACAAUUAUGUAAUGAAUUUAUACAUCAUAAUCAAUUCAAAUAUGUAUGCAUGCAUGUAGUAUGUAUGAACGUGCAUAUGUAUGGGAAAAUAAGAUUUGAGCUAUCCCAUUUCACAAGUAGUGCUCGAGCAGCUCUUCAUCAUGCUACUCGUUUAUAGGUCCAACCAACGGGUACUAUAUGAAAUGCAAUGUAUGGGGGAAGCCUUUUGCCUACGAACUAUUCCCAGUUUUUUUUGGGGGGAGGCAAUGUGUGU